CCCAGGAAAGAGAAAAGACUCGUUUCUUGAAAAAGGGCUGGGUCGAUGGCUUGUGAAGGAGCUGCCCCAGGGGCUCUGGGAAUGAUGCUGGUAGUAGAACCCAUGGUAAAAGGAAAAGAUGCCAAAACAAAGAAAUACGUGUUGAAAAAGGUCGAAUGCAUUGAUGAAAAUCAGGCGAACAGCGCUCUCCAAGAGGUGAUGGAGCUGUUGAAAAUAAAGCAUAAGAAUAUUUGUGCCUACAAAGAAUUUUUUAUCAUUUGGGACAAUAAGAUUUCCUCUCUCUUCCUUUGCCUGGUGAUGCACCAUUCCCACCACGAGGACCUCUUCUCGCGGAUCAAGGCCAAGCGGCUGAGACACGAGGAAUUUCCAAACAAGGUCAUUCAGAUGUUCACAGGACAGAUGGUGGAUGUAUUAGUUUACAUCCAUCGGCUAAAUAUUUUCCACCGGAAUCUCAAGCCAUCGAACAUCCUUUCUACUGGCGAAAUGUCUUUCAUGGUUUGUGAUUUCGGUUCGGAAACCCUCAUGAUGGAUGAGAUGAAAUGGAGAAUAAGGGCCGAAGAAGAGCCCGACUCUAAAUGCUGGAUGGCUCCAGAGGCCCUCGAUUUUUCUUUUAGUGACAAAUCCGACAUUUGGUCGUUGGGCUCCAUUUUGCUGGACAUGAUAGCCUGUUCUUCCUCAAAGGUGAAAGAGCCUAUGUUGUUGCUGCACAACAUCAAGAAGGAGGCCAGAGCUCUUGAGGAGGCCGUGAGCGACAUGAACCAGCUGCCCCCCUUGCUGUCUUCCGUCCUCUUUCUGAUGCUGAAAAUUGAUCCUUCUGAGAGGCCAACGGCAGAGGCACUGGUUGGAAAUCCAUAUAUCCGAGAAUGCCUCAUUGAAGCUAAAUCCCCUCUAAUAAAGGUGGCAAGGAAACUUCCUCCGGGUUUCCUAGAUAUACUUCAGACCGAUAAGAUCCAGACAGUUCUAGAAUUCAUGAUGUCUUACCCGGAAGUUGAAGAAGCCCAAGAAAAGAGCAUCGAACGUCUCAACAUCCUGUUGAACGAGGGAAAAAUUGGUGUCAAGGUGUUCCUUCACCUGAUGGAGACGGUGAUCGAUGCCAUGGAUAAGCACAACGAUUCCCUUGAGACGCUGCUGGCUGGAUUUGCAUUGCUGCUUGGAAUCGCCGGGCGAGCUAUCGCUCAGAACUUGAACGUGGAGAUCCUGGCUGAAGAGAACAACCUCAGCUGCCUGCUGAAUUCGAUGAGGACCCAUCAGGACAACGAAGAGCUGCUCUGUAUGAUCUGCACCUUGUUUAUGAUGAUGUCCUCCAACGAAGCAGCCGCGGAAGCCCUCCGGAGAGCCAACAUUUUCACGGACAUCUUGACUAUCUUGGGUACUUUCGCUCACAACAGAGAGAUCUGCUUUGCUUGUUGCGGCCUCAUCUGGACGCUGGCUGUGAACGUGGCCGACGUGGCCCAGAGCCCACUGAAAUACGCCACGGAGCUGGUCUCCGUCAUCCUUCACAUGCAUCUCGACCACGUGGAAGUCUCAGAGGCAGCCUGCAGUGCCUUUUGGGCCCUUUCUCUUCACGGAUGCAUAGACGAAGUCAAAUACGAGCCUUAUUCUCUGCUUUUGCUCGAAGCUCUGAGGCAGCAUCCCGACAGCCCCGUGUUGGUGAAGAACGCUUGUCUCGCCCUGGCCAGCCUCCUGAGGAUGUCCGAGUUAUCCGGUUUCCGAUUCAUAGUUACGGAUGAGAAGGGCAACGGGAUAAUCCUGCUUAAAGAUUGCUACCAGAUCCACAGGGAGGAUCCCGAAGUGGUGGAAAACAUUUGCGUCCUGAUCGACGAGAUGUUUAAAUAUGGUAAACGUUUGCGCGGAAUAUCCCGUUCUGCUCAGCCUUUUUAA